AGAAUCACAAAAUCAUUUUUGCUUCUCUAGCAGACAGACUUAGAGAAGAAAGAAGAGCCAUGGCAGAUGAAACCACAGAAAUAAGAAACAAAGCUCGUCUCAAAAUCUUAGAACUAGCCAACAUGAUAAGUGUACCAAUGUCACUCAACGCGAUCGUACGUCUCAAUGUUCCUGAUGCUAUCUGGGCAAACGGGUCAAACAUUCCUCUAUCUCCUUCUCAGAUCUUGACGCGUAUUAAUCUUCCAUCCGGAGGAGGAGAUCCUGAAAACCUACAACGUAUUCUUCGUAUGCUAACCAGCUACGACGUUUUUGAAGAGCACAUUAUCGUCACCCCUUCAUCAGAAUCAGUAGAACGGAAAUACUCACUGACAGAAGUCGGAAAAACACUAGCGACUGAUGAAGAUGGAUUGUCGUACGGUGCUUAUGUUAUCCAACACCAUCAAGAUGCGUUGGUUAAAGCUUGGCCGUAUGUACAUGAAGCUGUUGUGGACUCUACGGUUGAACCAUUUGUGAAAGCGAAUGAUGGAAGACCAGCUUAUGGAUUCUAUGGUGAUAAUCCUGAGAUGAAUGAACUGAUGCAGAAAGCUAUGUCUGGUGUAUCUGUACCGUUCAUGAAAGCUAUAUUGGAUGGUUAUGAUGACGGGUUUAAAGAGAUCAAACGGUUAGUUGAUGUUGGUGGUAGUGCCGGUGAUUGUUUGAAGAUGAUUUUACAGAAAUACCCUAAUGUUACUGAAGGUAUCAAUUUUGAUCUGCCGGAAGUUGUUUCUAAAGCUCCGAUUAUUCCCGGGGUGAAACACGUGGGUGGGGACAUGUUCAGGUCAAUUCCCAAAGCUGAUGCUAUCUUCAUGAAGUGGGUAUUGACAACCUGGACAGAUGAUGAAUGCAAAGCUAUAAUGAAGAAUUGCUACGAUGCACUUCCGGUAGGGGGGAAAUUGAUCGCGUGUGAACCAGUGCUGCCUCAUGAAUCAGACAGCAGCCAUAGGACUCGAGCAUUGCUUGAAGGGGACAUAUUUGUCAUGACUAUCUAUCGUGCUAAGGGUAAACAUAGGACCGAGCAAGAAUUUCAGCAUCUCGGUCGAGAGACUGGAUUUCCUCAUUUCCGAGCUAUUUAUAUUGAUUACUUUUACACUCUCUUAGAAUUCCAGAAGUAACCAACUUCGAAAAAUUAGAUUGUUUCAUGAAUAAUUCUAUGCAACCUGAGUUCUGAAGACUCUUGAACGAGACUAGUAAUUGUUUAAAGAAGUCAAAGUUGGUAUUCUACAUUUACCAUUGUGCAUGAGUUGGUAUUACUUGUAAUUCAUGCUGAAACUUAGUUGGAGAUUUCUUGAGAUUUUAUUUACCAUCAAUACGAAUGUGGGCAAAAAAGGUUCAGAAAUUA